GCGAAGCUUCCUGGUUGUUUUCCAAAGACAGACGCUCGAGCGGGGAAGGUGGCAGCAGCGGUGCAAGAAAUGUGAGAGGCAGCGUCAGAUCUUCACUUUCUUCCUAAGCAAGCCAAAGAAUAUUAAAAUGCUCUGCUGGGGAAAUGCAGGUUCAGGACAGCUGGGACUGGAAGGUGCUGAAAGUGACGUGCUGCAGCCACAAUGCUGCCAGGCUUUCCACGGCCGAAUCAUAAAGGAGGUUGCCUGUGGAUUCGAUCAUUCGAUUUUUCUUCUAAAUGAUGGAGGUGUUUAUACAUGUGGAUCUAAUGUUUUAGGCCAGCUGGGCCACAAUAAGGAAGGCAACAAACCCUGUUUGGUGGAAGCCCUGAAUGCACAGAAGAUUACGGAGAUUUCAUGUGGACAAGCGCACUGCCUGGCUCUGAAUGAAAAGGGCCAGGUGUUCUCCUGGGGUUCUGGAAGAUAUGGACAGUUGGGUCUUGGCACAGAGGAAGAAGUUGUCAGGGUUCCAAGGUUGAUCAAAAAAUUAUGUGAACACAGAAUCACACAGGCAGCAUGUGGCAGCCAACAUUGUAUUGUUCUUUCUAAAGAUGGGCAGCUGUUUGCCUGGGGGCAAAAUACUAAUGGACAACUUGGUCUUGGCAAAGGAGAAUCCAACAAAAUAUCCCCCCAGCCUUUACGAUCGCUAGCAGGGGUCCCGCUAGCUCAGAUCUCUGCAGGAGGAGGCCACAGCUUUGCAGUUUCAUUGUCGGGUGCAGUUUUUGGCUGGGGGAGAAAUGGCGCAGGGCAGUUGGGCCUAAAUGAUAAGCAAGAUCGAGCUUUUCCCUGUCACAUCAAGUCUUUGCGAAAUCAGAAAGUGGUGUACAUAAGCUGUGGUGAGGAUCAUACAGCGGCCUUGACAAAGGAUGGAGGACUGUUUACUUUUGGAGCUGGCUCCCAUGGACAGCUGGGACACGACUCGACAAGUGACGAAAUCCUUCCAAGACGGGUCAUAGAGCUGAUGGGUAGCGAAGUCUCCCAAGUUGCUUGUGGCAGAAAUCACACAUUAGCCCUUGUGCCUUCUACUGGUUUGAUCUAUGCAUUUGGUUGCAAUACACAUGGGCAACUGGGAAACGGUUGCAUAAGUAACUCCAAAGGUCCACAAGCGGUAAAGGGAUUCUGGGUUCCCCACAGGAGUCAGCGGCAGUCAGAUACUGAUUACUAUGUAAUCCAGAGAAUUCGUUGUGGGGGAGACCACAAUAUUAUAUUGUGUUCCACAAAAGAGAAUUCUGCUGCGCCCGAUGAUUUUCGUGUUGUCAGCUUUACAAGAAGUGUUUCACUUAUAAAUUAUGAGAAUUUAAAUUUAUGGCAAAAAAUGCUUUCUAAGAAUAGCAACUCCAGUGUAACCAAUGACAUAAUUCCUCUGCUAUCUUCCGCUGCAUGUUGGAAUGCAAGUUUUCUUGACUGUAGUAGCAAUGAUGAGCAUUUCAGAACCAAUCCCAAGAACCCAGGAAUCGAUUUAAACUCGGUCAGGUUGCUGUUUGAGAUGUUGGCAAAGCCCACCUUCUGCAAGUUACUUGAGCAGACAACAAAGAGUUUUGAGAGUCUCUUGAUUCCUCAGCUGCCAUCUUCUCCACCAGAUGUUGAGGCCAUGCGGAUCUAUUUGAUUCUUUGCGAGUGCCCUGUGCUUCAUGACUCCAAGUAUUACAUUACGUUAACUAUCCCCUUAGCCAUGGCAAUACUACGAUUGGACGCAAAUCCUAGCAAAGUACUUGAUAAUUGGUGGGCUCUGGGAGAUUCAGAAUUCUUUUCUCGACUUAUUGAAAUGUAUAAAUGCACGGUUGUUUUUCUUUUGGGUAGUGGAAAAUCUCUGUUGAUCCCAACGUUUUUGGAUGCCUAUGUCACUGCUGCGCUUAAACUGCUUGAAAAACUCCACAAGGUAAAUUUGAAAUCACGACAUGUCGAGUACGAUCACUUUUACAUACCUGAUAUUGCAGCUUUAGUGGACAUUCAGGAAGACUACCUCAAGUGGUGUUCAAGCAAGACGAGUAUUAGCUCGGUGACACUGUGCAGCUACCCAUUUAUAUUCAACGCUAAAGCCAAGACGAAAAUAUUGCAGACGGAUGCUGAGCUUCAAAUGCAGAUCGCCAUUAAUAGAGCAACUUUACAUAACGUCUUCAUGCUGCUGACUUUGGAGCCCCUGCUGGCUCGAAAUCCAUUUCUGGUGCUUCAUGUUCGGCGUAGCAACUUGGUCAGUGAUGCUCUACGCGAGCUCAGCAUUUACUCAGACGUCGACCUCAAGAAACCUCUGAAGGUCAUUUUUGACGGGGAGGAGGCUGUGGAUGCAGGUGGAGUUACCAAAGAGUUCUUUCUUUUGCUGCUCAAAGAGCUUCUGGAUCCCAUUUAUGGAAUGUUCUCUCAUUAUGAAGAGUCCAACCUGCUCUGGUUUUCUGACAAAUGUUUUGUCGAACACAACUGGUUUCACCUUACGGGCAUAAUGUGUGGUUUGGCCAUCUACAACUCCACUGUGGUAGACCUGCACUUCCCGCUGGCGCUAUAUAAGAAGCUUCUGGAUGUACUGCCUACACUUGAAGACCUGAAGGAACUUUCCCCUACUGAGGGAAGAAGUCUUCAGCAGCUCCUUGAAUAUCCAGGUGAUGAUAUUGAAGACGCCUUCUGUCUGAAUUUUUCUAUCACUCGGGAGAAUUACGGAGUGACUGAAGUGAAAGACCUGGUGCCUGGAGGUCAGAACAUCACUGUGAACAAGUCCAACAGGCAGGAGUUUGUGGACGCCUAUCUCAACUACGUGUUCAACAGGUCGGUCCAGCAGCUCUACCACGCCUUCUCUGAAGGUUUUCUGAAGGUCUGCGGAGGCAAAGUUCUUUCACUUUUCCAGCCCAGCGAGCUUAUGGCUAUGGUCGUGGGAAACAGUAAUUACAACUGGGAGCAGAUGGAGAAGAACGCCGUUUAUAAAGGUGAAUACUCGGCCGCUCACCCGACAGUGCAAAUGUUCUGGCAGGUUUUCCAUGAAUUUCCCUUGGAGAAGAAGAGGCAGUUUCUAUUGUUCCUGACGGGCAGCGAUCGAAUCCCAAUCUACGGCAUGGAGAGCCUGCAGAUCAUCAUCCAGUCGACGGCGGGCAGCGAGCAGCACCUGCCCGUGGCGCACACCUGCUACAACCUGCUGGACAUGCCGCGCUACACCAGCAAGGAGGUCCUCAGGAAAAGGCUGACGCAGGCCAUCGAGCAGUACGAGGGCUUCAGCCUGGUGUGAGGGGCCGGGUGGUCCGCAGGCGGGUCUCUCCGCUUGCUCACGCUCUUUCAUGCACUUUACGCGUCUUCUAAGUGACUCUCACUGCACUAUUUAUUGUGGUUUACAAGGUCUCGGACCCUCAGAGACGACGGCCUGCGAAACGAAUCCUUAUUUUUUUAGGCUUUUCUUUUUGUACAAAUCAGAUCAGGAUGAAUUCAUUUUAUUUGGUAGCGAAGUCAACCGUAAUGAUCAUUAAAGCUGAAAUUCUUUUUACAUUUUAAUAAAAAAAAAAGGUGCAAA